UAUUAUUUUGUUGUAUUGAAUUCAUUUCAAACAUUCCACUAAUUGGAUAAGAAUAUUUCAUUUUUUUGUAUAUUCUUCAUCAAAACGUUAGCAAGAUCAAAGCCCGAAAAUGUUGAGCUGGAGCGAUGAAAUGGACAAUAUGCUUGGUGUACUUAAUCGCCAAGUAAAAGCUUCUCUGAAAAAUAUUAAAAUUGCACUCACACGCGAUGGUUUAUCGUUCAAUGCUGAAUUCAAGCAAUAUUUCCUACGGUCCACGAAUAAACAAAUUGAGGAAUCUUACGAUCAGUUUGAAAUUAAAUCAAUGUUCGAGGACCAAAUCAACGUUGGCACGUAUAGAAACACAUCAGAAGUCGAUACAUUUUCAAUGAUGAACUCAUUUCGUAAUGAAAAUCAUGUCUCCAACGGCAAUCGACAAACAAUAAGUGAUUUAGUUGAAGUCAUCGAUUCAAGCGACGGCGAAGACCAACCAGAAAAUCGGUUUAAAUUGGAAUCAUCGGAAGUGGCAUCCACCAUUCGAUACGACGACCACGACAUACCACCCGAACUACACCAUGACGGCGACGAUGGAAGCUAUUCUGAAAUGGAUGACUCAAAGAAAGUAGAAGAAAUCGAGAAUGAUAUUCCAGCCAUUGUACCAAAUAUGGACACAUCCACUAUUACACUACACAUCGAAUCAAACAUCGCCGGUACCACCAAAAACAUGGCAAGAAGACCGAAGAAAUGCCCAAGAAACGGCACUGAAAAUCAUUUGCAGAUGAAGAAGCGUUUCAAAUGCCAACAUUGUGAAUAUUCCAGUGAUAAAAAUUGGCUACUCAAGCGCCACAUGGAUACUCACACCGGCAAAAAGCCAUAUCGAUGUGAAAUUUGCCGCAAAGAAUUCGCCCAGCUAAUUAACAAGAAGAGACACAAGAUUACUCACACUGAUGUAAUUCCGUUCCAUUGCCGAGGUUGCUUCGAUGGAUUUUCGCAGAAAGUCGAAAGAAAAGCCCACGAAAGGGUAUGCAAGUCACGGCGAUAUGAAUGCCAUAUCUGCAAGACGUUUGUCACUGUGUCUAAAUCUCAUAUGAAAAUUCAUCUGCGAAAACACAACGGGGAAAAACCGUUCCGGUGCAAGAUCUGUAUGAAGGGUUUCACAGUGAAAUAUAGUCUAAAAAUACAUUUGGAAACAUUUCACACAAGCAUCAACCCUUGAAGAAGAUUCUCAUCAAUCCUCAUAAUUUACACAACAUGCAUUGCGAUGACCUUUAAUACAGUUCUCUUAA